AUGCCUCUCUGCGAAGUCUGCCAGCGUAUUGAUAUCCGGAGCCUCGUGUUGGCAUAUCACGAAUGGGUGCGUAACACGAGCAAUGAAUACACGACUAGCGGUGAUGAACAUAUAUUUACAAGCCCAAACACGCAGCCACAUCAUGCUAGCUUUGAAGAACUCCGAGAUGCAGCCAUUGACGGUUGCGAAUUUUGUCGCUUAGUUUGGGGAUGUGAUGAUUUUGAGGUCGAAACCCUUCCAUUCCUGUGCAGUUCACCUCAAUGGCCUAGAAGAUGGGAAAAUGGACCUGUUUUUCUUGUCGUUGACUCGAAGUUCAGUUCGAAACUCGUUCUGUAUGUCGUGGUUGACCCUGGACAUCUUAGAUAUGUUCCAAGAAGACUUGAGAUAUGCACUUUAAAAGGUGAAGAAAUGCCGCUAGAAGACAAAAGUCUUCUGAACCAGUUGGUUCAGGAUGAGACACCACAAUACCUGGGCUCUGACGUGUGUCUGUCUGUUGGUACCCGGUGGCUUGAAAAAUGCCUUCACGAACAUUUCGAGUGUAGGGCUAAGCAAAGCCUACAGAGAAUCCUUCCAAAACGGGUGCUAGACGUCGGAGAAUCAUCUACAGACCCCCGAUUGUAUCUGAGUUCUGAGAAUGAAAUCGGAAAUUGGGUUGCUUUGAGUUAUGUCUGGGGCGGCGAUUCUGAUUUCAAGCUGACGGAGAGGUCAAUGUCAGACUUCCAAACAGGCCUUCCCUCAUCGAGCUUCCCUUCGACCCUUCGUGACGCUGUUCUUGUUACAAGAGCUUUAGGGCUUAAAUACUUAUGGAUAGACGCUUUGUGUAUUCUUCAAGACAGCGAAAGGGAUUGGGAGAUACAAGCUUCUUUGAUGGGCGAUAUAUACAAGAAUGCUAUCCUGACAAUCGCAGCAACAAGUACAAGUUGUGUGUCUUCAGGGUUUCUAAAUAAAAGAGAGACCGGUUGGAACUGCACCCUACCUUGGCGCCAUCCAGAUUUUGGGGAAACUGCAAAAUCUCCAAUAGUCGUGCGCCAUCCUCGCAAUGAUGAAUCCCGUAUAUCGCGAUCUCUUCGGGCAAAGCGCGGUUGGACUUUUCAGGAACACCUGUUAUCAACACGGAUCUUAUUAUACUCAUCAAGACAAAUGCAAUGGCAGUGCUCUCAACUGGCAGCUAAGGAAGCUAGCCCAGAUCGUCAAACUUUUGAAUAUUUCCAGGAACUCUUCAAAAGUCUCAAAAAUUUGAUAACAGAAACAGAGAGUCAGACAGUCACUAUCGCACAAAAUCCCUGA